ACCAUCAACAAACCCGAGUAAGUAACCAGGGCAGCUUGACCCUGGCUGUGAUUGCCUAUGGACUGCUGGCUUCAAAGUGUCAAUUUAAGUGGAUUUAUUAAUAAAAGAGAAACGGUUCGUAUGGAAAUAAAUCUCAAUAUUGUGUAAGAACAGAGGGACGAAGAAUCAUCCUAGGAAUAUGGCAUCUGUGAAGGCGGGUCCAGGAAGACGUUCCUUAAGUCCAGUUAGCAACCGUUUCUCUGAGAAAGUUCAGCUCCAACAGCUUAAUGAACGUUUCAGUAAAUACAUAAAUGGCGUAAAGAACAUGCGAGACCAGCUAACCCAGAAUUACCAGGCUGAUUCUUCAGCUCAUCUUAAUCGGAUCCACAUGCUGGAAGAGGAAAUAGCUGAUAUUCAGGCAAGGUAUGAAAAUGAAGUUCUGGCCCUUCGAGAGCAGAUUGAGCGGGUAGAUAGGGACCGAGCUCGAGCUGUGAUGUACCAGCACAAAGAUUCCGGCUUGUCAGCAGAAUACCAAAACAGGAUUCUGGACCUAAAUGCAGAGGUGCUACAGAAAGAUGAAGAGAUAAGACAGUUGCUGCUCCUUUUGGCACAAAAGGAUGUUGACUUGCAAAAUGCGAGGGCAUCCGUCACUACUGUUUCUGUCCAGCUGGACAUGAAUAAGAAAGAAGUAGAAGAACUGCGGAGAUCAGUCCUAGAAGGACAGAAAAAGAAUGAUGCAGAAUUUUCUCUGCGGAUGGUACUUCAAGACCAUGUACAAGAUCUUAAAAACCAGCUGGAGUUUCAGAACCAGACACAAGCCAGGGAGUCCCAGGAGCUGAGGACACGACUUGAAGGGUCAGAGGCCCUGGUUCUCCAAUUAGAAAGUAAACUACGGGCCUGCAACAGGGAAGACUCUGUUCUGGUAGAAACAGUUCAGAAAAUUCGAGAAGCCAGUGAAGCAGAGCUGAAACGAUUCCAAGAAGAGGCUGAGACAGCAUAUAGUCAAAAUCUCAUGGAUUUGAAGAUGUAUCUCCAAAAUGACAAAGUCAAGCUUGAACAACUACAGCAGGAAAACCGGUAUUUGCAUAAGCAGGUAGAUGGGCUUACAGCAGAGCUCAAUGCUUUGGAAAGUAAGCGCCAGUAUGAGAACUCCAACAACAAAACGCUCAUUGAGAAACUGGAACAGGAACAAGAGAAGAGCCAGCAGCGCAUCCGGGCCCUGGAGGCAAGGUUAGAGGAAAUGAAAGAUCUUCUUCUGGCAAAGAUGAAGGAACUGGCUGAGUUUCAAGAUGUGAACAUUUCAUUACGAUCUGAGAUCAGUGCACUUAAAACUAUGUUGGAUGAAGAAGAACAUCAAAUCACGCAGAGUCACUUCCAGUUCCCAUCAAAUUUGUUAGCAGCAGGAUCCUUCUCAUCAGCACCUGUCUCACUGAAUACGUCACCUGACACAUUCCCAUCAUUAAACAGCUCGCCAUUGUCGAAGUCACAAUAUUCUUCUGCUCUAAUGCCAGUGCCUCUUACUACUGUAGCAGGAUCUCCUAAAUCUCAUUCACCAGCCAAAUCUGCAGGACCACUAAGAGGCAAACAGGAGAAAAAAAUGGCACGAAGUAUCAGCAUGGAGCUGCCAAAAAGACCCAUUUCUGGGCCUCCUGCUAUUAGCCUCGACACAAAUACUUUAGGCAAAGGCCAAGAUUAUUUCACUACCUUGUUUAAGGAGCUGAAGAAAGAAGCCAUGCAACCAUCAGCCUAUGAAAGUAAGGAGAGACCAUCAUCUGCUGUCAGUGAUUAUAGCACAGCAUCAUCGAGUGCUGUUGGAAAUGUUAAAAUAGCAGACGUCAGUUCAAAUGGCCACUACGUGAGGUUGUUGAACUGCUCUCCGGAUAUAGAAGAAGACAUUGGAGGUUACAUUUUGCAGCAGAAUAUCCAAGGGCAUCCAGUGGCAUUUUAUAGAUUCCCACCUAGGACUCGAAUGAAGGCAGCAAGCACAGUAACAGUAUGGGCAGCAGCCUCUAAAGCCUCACACAACCCUCCACUGGAUUUGCUUUGGAAAGAAAUGCACAAGUUUGGAACUGGUACAGAAUGUACAACAAUUCUUUGUAAACCUAAUGGCCAGGCUAUAGCCUGGUAUACACCUCGGCACUGGAACAGGAAAUUCCAGCAAGCAUGGCCUGAGACUAACUCUGAACCCACUGAUGAAGCACUCAAGAGUACGCAACCAUUUGUACCUGCUAAGGAGGAAAGCUUUGCCGAAAGAAAGGAAAAGGAUAUGGAGCCUGGAAAAUUGGAACUGGCAUAUUCUACAAGAGUCAGUCCAGUUCCAUCAAAGCCUUUUGUGGACCAGUCAGAUGAACAGGCACCCAUUUUAAUGAAGAGAGAGAAGGAGAUGCCAUCCACUUUCUUUAGUUCACAUAGUCCCUGGUGUCAAAGUACAGCCUCAGCCACUCAUCCUGAUUACUGUCCAGGAAGAUCUCUGCCCAACAACGAUGAUGAUGGUGGUAGUGAUUGGAAACAGUCUAAGUCACAUGUGACAAAAGCAAGCACUCCUAUUGAUGCUUUCAGCACAGGUUGCAGUGGUGGUAAAACUACUAACAGUUCAAAGAAGAGCCAAGUUAUUGGAGGCAAGCGGAGUAAAGGACCUACCCGUUCUGCAGGGCCUAACAUGGGUGGUGUGAUGUACAUCGGUCCACCGUCACCGUUUGCUUCCCCUCUUCAACGGUAUUAUGCAACAUCCACUUACAAUAUCAAGUUACCCAGCCACGCCUCACUCACUCCUUCUAUGGUAUCUAACUAGGAUUGACUUAUUCAUCUCAAUGGUGAACAGAACCUCCAAAUAAUGAAAAGAAUAAAAAGUUUGCUUUAACAAAUUUAAGUUAAUUUAAUGAGCAUUUGAUAUUUAUUUUAUUCAGAUUACUGUACACCACUGUUAUGUUGUAAAUCAGGAGCAUGUAUUUCAAAGAAAUAUUCAAACUAAUGAACUUGACAUCAUGGAAUAUAAUUAGCUCAUGAAUGGCAUGCCCGAUGAGCAAAUUUAAAAACUGUAAGUUUUGCUACAUGUAUCCAGUAUGUCUCCUCUUUGAGAUUUUGUGUGUAUAUUUAAUUUUCAGUGGACAAUGACCUCAAUUAAUUUUAAACCUGAAGUUAAAUUAUCAUCCAUUUGCAUCUGUAAUAUUUCACUGCACUACUCUGAAAGCUUCAGCUGCAUAUCUCAUUGCCUCAAUAAAUAUCCUCUUCCAUGGCAGAAAGGAAAAUCAAUUGUGAUUUACUUCUAAAGGCUUAUAAAGAUAUUAUAAUUAGAGAUGGA